AUGGCAGACACUCUCCUGUGUAAAAACAAUGUCACUAUCCUAUGUGACAACGAUGUCACAAUACCGUGUGACAACGAUGUCAAUAUUCCGUGUGACAACGAUGUCACUAUUCCGUGUGACAACGAUGUCACUAUUCCGUGUGACAACGAUGUCACUAUUCCGGGUGACAACGAUGUCACUAUCCCGUGUGACAACGAUGUCACUAUCCCGUGUGACAACGAUGUCACUAUUCCGUGUGACAACGAUGUCACUAUUCCGUGUGACAACUAUGUCACUAUUCCGUGUGACAAGGAUGUCACUAUUCCGUGUGACAACGAUGUCACAAUGCCGUGUGACAACGAUGUCACUAUUCCGUGUGACAACGAUGUCACUAUUCCGUGUGACAACCAUGUCACUAUUCCGUGUGACAACCAUGUCACUAUCUCAUGUGACAACGAUGUCACUAUCCCAUGUGACAACGAUGUCACUAUCCCAUGUGACAACGAUGUCACUAUCCCAUGUGACAACGGACUCUUCUCCCACCCAGAGAUCAACAUUAUCCUGCUGGGAGGUGUAGACAUUUGA